AUGGAGGGGGUGGAGCGCACUGUAGAUACCGAAUCACCCAACGAGGCUGGACUGGCGUGGAGACGGGCGCGGUUUGGAUUUUCCCACCGACGUCUAGCGACACAUUUGAAGAUUCCUGUCGGCAGAAGUCGCCUCGGUGACGAGCAUUUAUCGUUUGAUUAUGUCCAGCUUAGGUAUCACCUCGGCUCGUGGAGACAAGCCAGUCUCGGCCAUGCUCACACUGCUUCAAUCAUACUGACGACAGAGUGUCGGAUUGCAAUCUUUCUUGUGUCCGUGUGCCUGCCGGCCGGGGACAGUAGCCAACUCUCCAUUUGUUUGUCCUAA